AUGUUUAGCGAAAACUACGAUUGUUGCACCAAAAUUUUUCUGCUCUCGCUUUUUAUAGCGCCAAUAUUAGCAGAAUGGAAUACCCAGGAUUAUAUCAGGAGAGAACAUUCACUCACAAAACCUUACCAAGGGAGUGGUAUGGCGUUGCCUUACUGGGACUUCUUAGGGAGCACGAUUGUUACGUCAAAUUAUGUCCGUAUAACUCCUGAUUUACAAUCUAAAUCUGGUGCCAUUUGGAACACACACCCAUGCCAAACGAGAAAUUGGGACCUUCAAAUACAAUUUAAAGUACAUGGAAAAGGGAAAGACCUCUUUGGUGAUGGUUUUGUCAUCUGGUAUGUGAAGGAUCGUAUGCAGCCUGGACCUGUUUUCGGUAGCAAGGAUUACUUUAGUGGUCUUGCUAUUGUGUUGGAUACCUACAGUAACCAUAAUGGUGCUCAUAAUCACCAGCAUCCCUACAUCUCGGCUAUGAUAAACAAUGGUAGUCUACACUAUGACCACGACAGGGAUGGUACACACACACAAUUGGCUGGCUGUGAAGCUAAAUUUAGGAACUAUAAUCAUGAUACUUACAUAUCAAUUAUUUAUAAGGACGAUACACUUAUUGUUUCCACUGACCUGGAAGGAAAGAACGCAUGGAAGGAAUGCUUUAAAGUGGAAAAUGUAUUGCUGCCCACCGGUUACUACUUUGGUGCAUCAGCUACAACUGGUGAUUUAAGUGACAACCAUGAUAUUGUCGCUAUUAAGAUGUAUGAGCUUGACUUAUUGGAGUCGCAAAAUAAAGAUGAAGAUAGAUCUAAAAUAAUACCAUCAGCAGUAACAUUCGAAGCCCCAAGAGAGAGAAUAGAAGACACAAAGCCAGCCAUGUCCGGGGUUAAAACCUUUUUAUGGAUGAUGUUUGUCGCCAUUAUUUUGAUAGUGGUAGUAGUCUGUGGAAUCAUGUGGUACCAGAAACGACAGGAGAACGCGAGAAAACGUCUUUAUUGA